AUGUUCUUUAUAGCGUUGCUCUAUGCAGUUUCGAAGAGUCAAGAAAUAGUUUACUCUGAUGGGAAAUAUAACUGGGAAUUGAAUGACUCUGCUAUGCUUAAUAUAUACGAGUACACCCUCUCUGAUAAUAAGAAGUGGUUUGGUGCUGAUCUGCAACAAUACGACACUCUUAAGUUCAAUGGAAAUGCUAAUACCAUUGACUUGGACUUGUUCUGUCUUGACAUGCAAACGAGUGCGCCGUAUGAUUAUGUGAUGAUGAAAAUAAGGAUGUUGCCCACUAAUUAUCGAGGAGAUGAUAAUGUCGACUCUGGACUGAUUACUAAGAUAUACAACAACCAGACUACUUGUCUAAAAAUGAAUUCUAAAGAGUUCCCAACACAGUGUCAAAGUGUAGUCAAGUACUUGUCAAUUCAAAUCUACCAACAAUUCUCGCAGAAAUACACCUUCUAUUUCAAUGAUGUCAAAUUCAUUAAGAAUCCAGUCGCAGUGGAAGACUCAAUUUACAGCUCACAAUUUUCAGAAGAACUCAAUGAAGUCAGUGGCUCUUUAGUCGCUUUUGUUGCCCUCUUCCUUUUCUUCCUCCUCUGA